UGCCCAUGAUUUUUGGAAUGAGAUGUUCGAGGAGCAGGUGUCCACAUACUUUUGGUCAUGUAGUGUACCAGGAAACACACCCAGCUCUUCUGAGAGAACACAAGGACUCAACAAGACACGUAGAGUAUGUAUUGUAUAUUCCAUUUAAGGUACGUAGAUGAAACCACACUGUGACGUAUUUCUAAAUUAAUUUUCUAAAUUAAUUGUUCGUUUUUGCUCUUUCAAAACAAUAACAAACCUAUUUUUAGUUGACUUAACUGUGUUUCAAGUGUUUAUAUUUUAAUUACCAUGCCAGGCUAUUUUGGUUGAUAGCGUAUGCUGAUUUGUGUUACGUUUAGAAAAAAACACGUUUUUGAAACGUGUUUUUAUGGCACACAUAGCGGCCAACGAUACCAGUAAAACAACAUACAAAGACAACAAGGUAUCUGAACUUCGUUGUCAAUCAAAUGCAUCCCUUUAUGGUAUAUCCUUGCUGGAACCAUUCAUUAUGAACCCUACCCUAUCCUUGUGGCAUGAAGCAAUAUCCAGCCGAACAAACACAUCGGCAGAUAGAUACAUUGCUGCAAUAAAGGGACGCACCUGAUUGGCAAUGACGUUCAGAUAUCAUGUGGCAUUCAAACGUUUAUCUACCAGUAUCAAUGGGCAUUAUGUCUGAAACUAAAACACCCUACAACAUCAAACUGCCACGCAAUAAUUAUCCUAGCUUUCACCAGGUCAGUCUAUUUCAUGGAAUUGGAAGUCUACCAGAUAAAGUUGCCACUCAUUUAUUCAUUUUUGUUUUACUCCAGCCACACAGGGUGCAAUUUGAGAAAUGGAAACCGCGGCAACAAAAUGUUUUAUUAUCUUACUUAAAAGUCCACUGUAAUAUAGAAUAACCAAUUAUAUUAACCCAUAUUUUAAGCUGGCAACGUAUGGUUCGAAAUGGUCAUCACACUGGAUGAAUUCUCUACUAAAAACAUAACAAGCGAUCUUGCUGUGAAGGUGUGUGUGCUUUGACAAUUUAACAUUUCAUGAACAGCACCACCGUUAGGCUAUUGCAGCCUCUGCAGCCUCAUUUUACUCGUUAUAUGAAACUGUUUGCUUUGAAUGGUUUCGUCUCUGUCUCUGCGUGACAGUGCUUCCGACACUGUUCCCCCUACCAGAAAACACGCGGUACCGUAAAGUGGUGUGUAUUCGCGCAACGAAAUUCAGGCGGAAACUGAAGAGCGGAUGAGUUGAGUCGACCGCGUUUUGCGAGUGUCGGCUUGACUGCAGUGAAACAACGACAUCGUUUUAUGUUUCAUAAACACGAUAUGAGCGUCCAGCAAAUGUACUUCUCAAAAAUGCUGUUACAUUUGUAGCUAUUACUAUUAGCUGACUUACAUUGCUGACUUCUCUGUUUUGUUGCUGAGUUCCCAAACAAGUAAACUUCAUCCGUGACAGUUAAAUUCAAGCAGUUGUCAGUCAUCGGAUCCAGAAUUUUACCGGGUGAGCAUCUGGAUCAUGRCAGAUUUAUGUUGGUAAUGCCAAUAUUGUCCUCAAUGUCUCGUAGUUGGCAAACCAGCAGGAAGAUAGCUUAUUUAGUGACGCUUCUUGACUGUAAAUUAGCUGAGUAGCCAGAGGUAGCUAAAUUAGAUAGCUAGCAAAUUAGCUCGGGUGAUCCAAACUGCAGUGACAAUCCAGCUACUGUAAUUUCUCUAGCAGCACUUCCAGCAUAUAAUGUGUUUUCUCUGUAAUUAUUUUCAGAAGAUUGGAGUCUUGUAUUUAUUUGUAAGUGAGUAGCUCACCAUGAUCAUAAUCACUUAUACAAUGUUUUGAUGAUGCUAUUUUUAUAUUUGUUACAGCUCUUUUACUGGUCAUUUUGUUAGAGAUGGAUCAAAUGUUAUUAUACACAUAAUAGCCUAAUACAAAUAAACCAUACCAUAUUGUCAUAGGCUAAAUGCACAAAGGGUACUUUCUAUAUUGGUGACACGCAUGAUAAUGACAUGUACUUUGAGCCUGAGGCAAUAGCAUUGCAAUCUUGAUGGACAUAGGUCAAUGAAGAGACUAAAAAAGAGUGGUCGCUCUUAUUAUUCCCCUGCACAAGAAAUGGUGAAUGCAAAAACGGUCUACUUUCACAGUGACAAAAUACAAACUUCCGACAGUUACCCCUAUAAAUUGCAGAAACACCCUACUAAGCAUUGAAAGGGGCUUGUAUGUGGAGUCUCCAUCAUUUCAACCUGGUGAUGUGCUGCCUAUGAUCRGUGCUCUUAUCCAAAAAAUGGAGGCAGGUAAUUGCCCUGCUGGAAACGAGGAGAAACAAACCGUUUCCUCACCUUCAGCUCAACAGGAGAACACUGUAUUUCAGUUCUCUAGAGCUYCUUCCAAGGCUUCUUACCCUGAAUCAGAAGACCUGUACUCCUUUAACCUGAUAGAGCCCCCUCCUCUAGAAUGGAYYUCAGACGACUCUAGUGAAGCAGGUUCAGUGGAAGAGAUGGACGACCCUAGCUUCCCUCCCUCGGUCCCUGUGGACAGUUCAGAGGACGGAUUAAGUGAGUCCCUACCUCCCUUGUACACCAGUGACACUGCAGCUUCUUCUGAGGUAGUUAGCCAGGAGGAGCUAAUCGACUAUGCUCCUGAGGAUAACACCCCAACCAAACAGGUUCUGGAUCCUAGCAAAGAGGGAGGAGUGGUGGGGGAUGAGGUGGAGGAGAAGGUUGAGAUCAGGAGAUCAGGUGACGAAGACCACACUCGGAUCCACCACCUGCUAAGCCGACUCCAGGUCAUUGGAGAAAGCCCUCUCCCCAGGGACUCAACCUUUGACCCUACACCACCACCAUCAGKAUUCUCUGAGCCCUCUGAAUUUGAGCCUCCAGGCCCAUCUCUGUUGAUGGACAUCAGCCCAUUGCUACCAGACCCAGAGCAGAACCUGAAACAGGCCUCGGAGAUGCUUUUCUCYGAGAGGCUGUUGGAGUGUACAGAGAUAGGGGCUUCCCAGUCCAGUUCCUCUGACAUCAAGGUUCCUCCUUACAUGGCCCGGAGAGGGGAGAUGGACGCGGUGGUGUCGGUCUCCUACAACCAGGAGGAUGGCGAAAGAUUCUGGGAACACUUUGGGAACGGCUGGCGGCUGCGCAAUAGGGAUGACUCCGUGGAGUCUUUCCCGGAGGACGAGGUCCCAGAGCCCGUAUGGAUGAAGUUAGGGGAGGAGGCUCCGGAGGUAGACUCUGCAGACAACAGUCAGCGGGGCGCAGAGGACCAUCCAACCUAUAAAGACGUACCUGGCCCCUGUGACCCAAAUGACCUCCUGGAUGGGGUCAUAUUUGGGGCCAAGUACCUGGGCUCCACCCAGCUCAAGUCUGACAAGAACCCCUCCACCAACGCUCGAAUGAAACAGGCCCAGGAGGCUGUGGACAGGAUCAAAGCCCCAGAGGGAGAGUCUCAGCCUAUGACCAAGGUGGAUCUCUUCAUCUCCACUCAGCGCAUCAAAGUCCUCAGCGCAGACACACAGGAGGCCAUGAUGGACCAUCCUCUCCAGAUGAUCUCCUACAUCGCAGACAUCGGCAGCACCGUGGUCCUGAUGGCCCGCAGGAAGCCGGCCGGGGGGCGUAAGGGCCAGGAGGGGAACCCUGCUGGGGUCAACUCCCCCGGGCCACAGACAAAGUGCUGCAUGAUCUGCCAUGUGUUCAACUCUGACAAGGCCCAGGUGAUCGCUCAGGCGAUUGGCCAGGCCUUCGGUGUGGCCUACCAGCAGUUCCUCCAAGCCAACGGCAUCAAGGCCAGUGAGCUGAGGCCCAGCGAGUAUAGUGACUACCUGGGGACACAGGAGCACUACAAUGGAGACCUGGUACACUUCUCGGAUUCAGAUAACAUCAGAGAGGUGUCCAUCUCCAAGGCUCCCGGGGAGAUAGUGGGGGUGGCUGUGGUGGAGUCGGGCUGGGGCUCCAUCCUGCCCACGGUGGUCGUGGCCAACCUGCUCCACGGUGGUCCUGCAGAACGCUGCGGGGCCCUCAGCAUAGGAGACCGCAUCAUGUCAGUCAAUGGCACUAGCCUGGUGGGCCUCCCCAUAGCCACCUGCCAGAGUAUAAUACGGGAUUUUAAAAAACAAGCAGAGGUGAAGCUCAGUAUCGUUCACUGCCCUCCCGUCACCAUGGCAAUUAUCAAGCGACCGGACCCAAAAUUUCAGUUMGGCUUCAGUGUAGAGGACGGGAUUAUCUGCAGUUUGAUGCGUGGAGGGAUCGCAGAGAGAGGGGGCAUCCGGGUCGGACACCGCAUCAUUGAAAUCAAUGGGCAGAGUGUGGUAGCCACUCCUCACGAGAAGAUCAUCCACAUUUUGACUAACGCAGUCGGGGAGAUUCACUUGAAGACCAUGCCAGCCUCUACAUAUCGCCUUUUAACGGGACAAGAAACGCCAGUAUUUCUCUGAGAGAACGGAGGAGAGAAUGCUGCUGGUGCUCUCAGAAGCAAACAAGGAAGAAUACCGUUUUGAAGCUAUACACAUGCACACAUGCAGCCUCAAAUAGGACUAUGCAAUUGGACUGUAUCACCUGGCUAUUGAUACACCACUGAACAUAAUGUGGUUAUCCACCUGAACAGAAUAUUUUAUGAUGUAUGCUGGAAUAUCAGGAUGAUACAGCAAAUGUUUUGAAAGAUCGAAUUGUUAAUAAAUCUCUGUUUAUAUUUA